UAUAAUUUAACAAAAAGUACCAUUCUUAAUGCUCGAGUUUCAUAUUAUUUACGAUACGUUGUUUAAUACAUUUAAAAUCAUGUAAUGUGAUGUGUUUCAUUCUGCAUUCAAACAAUAAUAAUUUCAAUGCGUGGAGUUACUUGACAUAUCGUCCAUAUAAAUAUAUCUUGCUAUCUUUAUGUUAAUAAAUAUGUAUUUUUAAUUAAAUCAAAUGAAAACUGGGAUUUGGCUAUAUUGUGAAUAUACCACACCAUUAUUAUAUUGAAAUUAAAAUUAUCGAUAAAUCGAUUUAUUUACGACGAGCAUAUUUAUUUAAGACGAACCUUUAAAUAAAAUGGGUCGUCAAAAAUUUAUUGUUUCUCAAAAAAAGCAGGUUAUGAAGCACGAUGAGUUUAUUAAUCGGAUUAGAAAAAGCCUCUACUAUGGCGGUGAAACAGGUGAGAAAGACAUGGAGCUCUCCUUGCCCUUUGCUGAGUAUGCAGCUGAGAUGUUUUCUGAGGCCCAUCGCGGACACUCUUUGCAUCGUCUAAGCUACGUGGCUGCUGCAAAAGUUCAGGCUACGCCAUGCUCCCUUAUUAUGGCGCUAAUAUACCUAGACCGGUUAAACAUUAUCGACCCAGGCUACAACUUCCGAUUCACUCCACAAGAACUGUUCGUUGUGUCACUGAUGAUUUCUACAAAGUUCUAUGCAGGCCAUGACGAACGGUUUUACCUUGAGGACUGGGCUAAUAAAGGUAACAUGACUGAAGACAAACUAAAAGAAAUGGAGCUCGAGUUUCUUUCUGCUAUGGAAUGGAAUAUAUAUAUAUCCAAUGAGGAAUUCUUUGACAAAUUAACAACUGUCGAACGUUCGCUGGCCGCUCGGCAGGGUUUGCGGAGAGGGUGGCUAACUUACAGUGAGUUGGUGCAGUUGCUGCCUGCCUUUGUAUGGACGAGAUUCCUCGUAAACAGCGUAUCUGUACUGGCGCUGAGCUAUGCAGCAAGUGUAAUAACCUUAGCUGGAGCUUUUUUUAUAGCUAGUCAAGUACCGGGAACUAUAUGGCAUCGUGAAGUUCAUACCGCCUCAGAGGCCCAGGCAAUAUCUUCCACACUAUCUAAUCAAACAUCCUCAUCAAGUGCACCUGGAGACACUUCUUUUGUUGAUGAGAGAAUCUCCCCCUUGGUCUUAAAUUUGCAAGAGGAAAUUUUAAAACUGGAGCGGAAGUACUGCGCAGAAACAAGUCUGAAUAGUGUGGAGUAUUCCUGCCACCAGGUCGUUUCUAGUCUACCAUUAACACACAUCUUUCCAAAACUCGAAGCGUUUUCUUCACAAGCUAGGGCAGAUAGGUUUAAAAUGCAAUACCGGAACAACAACUGCCAGUUGAGUCAAAAUUGCCUGAUAAAUAUUCGCAGCUCACCAUUGGAAAACCAUUGGAAGCUGGUUCAAAAUGGUUCUGUUUUUGAUGAAAUGGUCGUCGAAGCAUUGCAACAGUUGUUUUGGCUGCAACGGCCAAAUGUGAUAAAAAUUAAAUAAUAAAUAGGCUUUAAGCGGAUAACUCAAUGUCACAUUUUGAUUGUAUAAUAUCAUUUACUCAAUUUUUAACAUUGUUUAUGGUUUAUUACAUAUGUAAUUUUUACACAGUGACUAUAUAGUGAACUGUCUUUACAAAUUGAACAGAUCAUUAAAAUUCAUUAAAUCGUA